CGGCAUAUCUACAUAGUUUGACAACCGGUUUGAUUUGAUCUUGUUUACAUUUUGCGGUAGAGGAGCUAACGCAGGCGGAGUUAGCUAGCUAGCUUUGCUAGCGAACAACUGCCGUGGUGUUAACGUUCGUCUAAGCCUGUGGUGAAAUGGCGGCCAACACAGCACAAGCGGCUCCCACAGCAAACUGGUCUUAUGGGUCGUCUGGAGAUGGGCAGGUCCAUGAAAAUCCAGAAUGGGAGAAAGCAAGGCAAGCGCUUGCAUCCAUCAACAAGAGUCAGACCUCUGCCAAAUCUUCACAAGAAAACCUGGGCGCAGCGGAGGCUAGCCAGUUUCAGCCAGCAGUAACUGAUGCAGCUGCCAUUCAGCAGCAGUACUAUCCGUGGUACCAGCAAACUCAGCAGCAUUACCCUGGAUACACAUACCCUUACAACUACUACUACCCCAUGGGACCAUAUGGAACUCCAUAUCAAGCCAAUCAGUAUGGUGUACCUCAAGGAUCAUACCCAGGAGCUCCAACGUCCAAUGGACAGCCUCCUCCAGUGCCUGGAAUGGAAGACCAGUCCCCUAGCUAUCCGUCCCAACCACAGCCUCCUCCCCCUGCUGCUCCACAACCACCCCAGAGCCCAACUACCUCUGAGAACCAGCCUCCUCCCCCACCCCCACCUAUUCCCCCAUCACCCAAUUCCCAGUAUCCCCCACUCCCUUCACAAAACGCUUACAGUGCCAACAACAGUAUGCCAUAUCCAUCCAAUGACCCCAACCAAAUGCAGGUCUACAAUCAUUCCCAGGCCAGGCCAAACUAUAACCAAAGUUUCCAGGCCCAAAAUACCUAUCAGCCCUCUCAAAAUAACUCCCAGAUGCAGCAGCAUCAGAACCAGUACGUUCCAGGGCUUGGCAGGGGAGAGGGCAACAAAAACCAAAAACAAGGACAACAACUCUGGCACCGCAUGAAGCAGGCCCCAGGGACAGCUGCUGUGAAAUUCAAUAUUCCCAAGAGGCCCUAUCAGGUUCAGUGCGCCCCAGUUGCGAAUCAGGCCUUCCAGCCAAAUGAGCAGCCAUCGGGCUUGAAUCCGACCCCGUCCUCGCCGGCCACUGCCAGCGCUGCACCUGGAGGCGCUCAGACAAGACCCCAGGAUUGGCCCCAAGCCAUGAAGGAGUACGUGCAGCGCUGUUUCACAGCAUGUGAGACGGAGGAAGACAAAGACCGCACAGAAAAGGUUCUGAAGGAGGUGCUGCAGGAGCGGCUAAAGGAUGGCUCUGCCUACACCAUCGACUGGACGCACGAACCUCUACCAGAGUUAAAGGCCAAGCAGUCUCGCUGGGAGGCCUUGUCAUCCCAAAGAGCAGGGGACGGUUCAGCUAGCCGUGGUGGAAACGGAGGGCCUGGUGCUUCCAGAGGCAGGGGAAUUGGACACAGAUUAGGCCACUACAGGAAUAUUUUUUCUCAAAGGAGUCCAUCUUCAAGUUCAUCACGGUCCUCCUCACGCUCGCCGUCGCCCUCAUACAACCGCCACAGAGACCGCAGCAACCAAAGGCACAGGCGGAGUGUCUCUGGCUCACAGUCAGACAGCAGCAUCUCCAGUGACCUGCGCCCUCAGCUGUCAAGAAGAGGCCAGAAAGGAGCGCGUGGUCGCGGCAACGACAGGGAUCGGGGACGCGGAGAGAGGGGACGCGGACGAGGGGGGAAAGCCAACAGAGGAAGGAGGAACAUUGGUAAUUCAAAUUCAAGUGGUGGAAAGAAAAGGAAGGGCGGCAACGCUGGUUUAGAUUUCCAUGACCCAGACAGAGAAGCUAAGAAGCAAAGCAGGGCGGCCCGCUUCCACAAACAGCUCCGCUCUGAGCCGCUGGUGCUUUCCAUCAAUUCCCUGGAGGUGCCUGACGGGACACAGGAAGGCCUUAGCUGGGAGGACUGCCCCAUCGUGGGGUCGUGUCAGGACAUCACCAAGCCCUACCUCAGGCUCACCUGUGCCCCAGACCCUUCUACUGUGCGCCCUGUGCAGGUGCUUAGAAAAUCUCUGCAGGCCGUCAAAGCGCACUGGAAAAACAAUCAGGACUACGCUUACGCCUGUGAGCAGAUGAAGUCCAUACGACAGGACCUAACGGUCCAAGGAGUUCGUACUGACUUCACAGUGGAAGUGUACGAGUGUCAUGCGCGAAUUGCCCUGGAAAAGGGAGACCAUGAGGAGUUUAACCAGUGCCAGACUCAACUGAAGGCCCUGUACAAGGAAAUUCCCUCAGAGAACAUCGGAGAGUUUACAGCUUAUAGAUUGCUGUACUACAUCUUCACUAAAAACUCUGGAGACCUGACCACUGAGCUGGUGUACCUAACCCCAGCACUGCGGGCUGAUGUCUGUGUGGCUCAUGCUCUUGCACUGCGAGCUGCCUGGGCAUUGGGGAACUUCCGCCGUUUCUUUAAGCUUUACCUGGAAGCCCCACGCAUGGCUUCAUAUCUCAUUGACAAGUUUGUAGAAAGAGAAAGAAAGUUGGCGCUUCGGGCCAUAGUUAAAACAUUCAGACCUGACCUGCCUGUGGAGUAUGUGCAAACUGCUCUUGGCUUCACAUGUUUAGACUCCUGUAUGGCCUUUUUAACCACUCUAGGUGUCUCCUUCACUCCCUCUGAUCCCACAAAGAUAGACUGCAAAACCAGCUCAGCCUCCUUGGCUGCUUCCUGAGGGAGCAGAGUUAGCUCAGGGAAGAAACACACUUAGGGUCCAUGUUGGAUCCCUGUCAUAUUCAACACACUGCACGUCAGAUAGUAAAGGCAGGCAGCUCCAGUAAGACUUAAAUAGAAAGAUUCUGUUAUCAAAUGCAGAUCAAAUUAACCCAUGAGAGAUAAAAACUUAUUUUAAAACUAGGGAGCACAUGUUUGCACACACUAUCUGGAAAUACUGCAAGAUAGCCUAAAGUCCCAUCACCCCACAUCUAGAAAAAGAGAAGGGAGCUGUUUAUCUUUGGGAUCAUGUUAUCGCCACACUUUGGUAGCAAGUAGUCCCAAACCCAGAGCAGGGAGAUACUCACCCUAAGGGUUCCUUUUCCCUCAUCCUAUCAGAUUACAGCGCUAACAGUGUUCUGUUAUGUUUUUUCCUUCCUCAAGUAAACAGCUCAAAGACCAGAAGAUUCACAUCUUGUCGGUCAUAAGGGAUACUCAAACCGCUCCUCGUCUGACCCGGCGCUCCGCAGUUUGGAUUCACGCUGUCAGAGCCAAGUCACUGCUACGUUUCGCUUAAAGACUGUGAGAAGAGGCCAGCACUUUGUCUGAAAGAAGAGGUGGUGGUUUGUAUGUCCUGCCUGAGUUAAGUUUUCUCAAGGUAUCUCCAGCCAACGUCUGCUUCUGUCCCUCAUCCCCGUGUGGCCCAUGGACUGAGGUCUGUGCUGUUUCUCCUGCCACGACAGCCUUAAUCCACUGUUCACAGAGCCCAAAUCUUCUGCUGGCACCGGGAAGAAGUCUCAAUCUCAGUGGCAUUGACUUUCUGAUAAGGCGCUCGUCGAGAUUCGCAUUCCGACCUACCCUGGAAGAUGCGUCUCUUCUCCCACAUGGCCCGCUGGUAGCGGGUUUUGCUCCUGCAUCCCAAGAUGGCCUCCAGGGGAGUCCUGUUCAGCAGCAGACCAGCAAGACGCCCUCCUGCCCUCCGCCUGCAGCCCGCCCCAGCAGCAGUCAGCCAAUUCUGCGCGGAGGAUCAUCACAAGGGAAUCACCAGUGGUUUGUAUGCGACAUCGGGCCCCGAUGUGUCCGAGGCCGGUAAGAGAGGGACUUCUGGAAGGAGGUGGAUGACGGCACCGCAGAUGUCGCCUCACGUCUUCCGUGUUAACUGUUGUAUGUCUUGUUUUAU